AUGGCUUUGAACCCCACCGACGGCUUCGCCGCCGGCAACGGGGUGCUGGACCUGGACGACACCGCGCUACCCAUGUUCAUCGUCGAGCGAGUCCAGCUGCAGUUCUCCAUCGCUGCCGACUUUGUCGCCGCCCAGGUCGCGAACAAUGUUCUCGUUUUGGCGUUGUCCAACGGCCGCAUUUUGCGCAUCGAUCUGAAUAGGCCCGAGGACAUUGACGACAUUGACCUUCCCAAGAAACCGGCAGAAAUUGGCGUCAUCCGCCGCAUGUUUCUCGACCCGACCGCUUCCCACCUACUCGUCUGCACGGCGCUCGGCGAGAACUACUACCUCCAUUCUCAACACAAACACCCCCGAGCCCUGGCCCGCCUGCGAGGCGUCUCCAUUGAGAGCGUUGCCUGGAACCCCUCGCUGCCUACGGCGUCGACCCGCGAGAUUCUGCUCGGAGCCGCCGACGGCAACAUCUACGAGGCCUCUAUUGAGACGACCUCGGAGUUCUACAAAAAGGACAUCAAGCUCAAAAACCUGCACAAGCUCCCCGAUGGACCGAUUACGGGACUAUGGGCAGACACCUUACCGAAACGGCCGGACACGCGACGGGUCAUGAUUGCGACGCAGAGCCGUCUAUUUCACCUGGCUGGCAAGGUUGGCAGUGGACACGACAGCGGAGGCUCGGUCUACACGAGGCUGUUUGAGUCGGAACAGCCGACCAUCCAUGAGCUGUCGCGCUCCUCUGCUGCCGCGACGUCCGCUUUGGUCGUCUCGCCGGAUCCUCCCGACCAGAACCCGUACGAGGACGAGUCGCACGAACGAGCCUAUGCGUGGCUGUCUGCGCAGGGCAUCUUCCAUGGGCAGCUUGCCUCAAGUGCCGAAGGCAAAAAGAUCUUUAACGAGUCGAGCAUGCUUCCCCGCGACAAGAUUUCUUCGUCUGACGGACCGGGCAAGCGGAAGGCUACGGCGGACUAUGUCGAGGCGAUUGCUCUGACCCAGUGGCACAUUGUCAGCCUAAUUGGUGGCCGCGUGGUUGCCACGAAUCGUCUGACUGGGGAGGUGGUCUACGACCAAAUCGUUCUGGAUCCAGGGCAAAAGGCCGUGAGCUUGUCUGUGGAUCUGCAAAAGAACACGUUUUGGAUGUUCACCGCUCAAGAAAUUUUUGAGGUCGUGGUCAGAGACGAAGACCGCAAUAUUUGGCAAAUCAUGCUGAAGCUGCAACAGUUUGACUCUGCAUUGCAGCAUGCGAAGACGCCCGCACAAAGGGAAACGGUGGCAACGUCAUACGGUGACCAUCUCGUGGCCAAGCGGCAGUACAUGGAGGCAGCCUCGGCGUACGGACGUAGCAAUAAGGCAUUUGAAGAGGUGGCCCUUACCUUUAUCGAUUACAACGAGCCUGACGCUCUGAGAAAAUACCUAUUGGCCAAGCUGGGUACGUCGAAGAAGGCGGCCGUCAUGCAAAGAAUCAUGAUUGCAAGUUGGCUGGUGGAGAUAUUCAUGGCGAGGCUCAACUCGCUGGACGACACCAUCAUCACGCAAGCCGAGUUAGCGGACGGCCUCAACCCGGCACAGUCCAGGGAACAGCUACAGGCAGUUCAGGGCGAGUUUCGGGAGUUUGUCAACAAGUACAAGUCCGAUCUCGACCGGCGGACGGUAUACGACGUGAUAAGCAGCCACGGGCGGGAACAAGAGCUGUUGCACUUUGCCAACGCCGUCAAUGACUACAACUACGUCCUGUCGUACUGGGUCCAGCGCGAAAGGUGGCCGGAGGUACUGACGGUACUGAAGAAGCAAACGGACCCAGAGGUUUUCUACCGGUACAGUACUGUGCUUAUGACGCACGUUGCUUCGGACCUGGUUGAAAUUCUCAUGCGUCAUUCCGACUUGAAGCCUCGCAAGCUGAUUCCCGCGCUGCUGGAGUACAAUCGCAACUUUGAGGGAACCCCCCAGCAGAACCAGGCCGUCCGAUACCUGCAGUAUGUCAUCAACCAACUCAAUUUCAAGGACUCGGCCGUACACAAUACCCUUGUUUCGAUAUACGCCCAGACCUCCAAAGACGAAGCUGGCUUGCUGUCGUACCUAGAAUCACAGGGAGAAGAGCCAAACUAUGACCCCGAUUUUGCCCUUCGACUAUGCAUUCAGCACCAUCGGACGCUCUCUUGCGUCCACAUCUACACCAGCAUGGGCCAGUAUCUUCAAGCUGUUGACCUGGCGCUUUCACACAAUGAGGUUGAGUUGGCGUCUGUGAUUGCUGAUCGGCCAAUGUCCAACCCCCCUCUGCGGAAGAAGCUCUGGCUUGCAGUUGCCCGCAGGGUUAUUUCCCAGUCAAACGGGAUCAAAACAGCCAUUGACUUUUUGAAACGAUGCGACCUGCUGAAGAUUGAGGAUCUGAUACCCUUCUUCCCGGAUUUUGUGGUCAUUGACGAUUUCAAGGAGGAGAUUUGCACUGCUCUGGAGGACUACGGGCGCAACAUUGACUCCCUGAAGAAGGAGAUGGACGAGUCGUCGCAAACGGCGACGAAUAUCAAAGUGGACAUUGCCGCUCUGGAUCACCGUUAUGCUAUAGUCGAGCCCGGAGAGAAGUGCUACGUCUGCGGGCUGCCGCUGCUGAGCAGACAAUUCUUUGUCUUCCCCUGCCAGCACUCUUUCCACUCGGAUUGUCUGGGGAAGAGGGUGCUGGAGCAAGCUGGGGUAGGCACGAGCAAGAGGAUCCGUGAGCUCCAGGUGCAGAUUAGCAAGGGUCUGGUGAAUGGAGCCAAGAGGGAGGCUAUGAUCACGGAGUUGGAUUCCUUGGUGGCAUCGGCAUGUAUUCUUUGUAGCGAAUUCGCCAUCAAGAGGAUUAAUGAGCCAUUUGUGACGCCACAGGACAACCUCAAUGAAUGGAGGAUUUAA